AUGAAAGACCUAGGUAAGCUAUCGUGGUUUUUAGGUACAGAGUUUAAAUGCAAGGAAUCUUGCAUCGAAAUGAAUCAGAAACAAUAUAUUGAAAAAGUAUUGUUAAAGUUUGGGAUGGCUGAUUGCAAGCCCAAGCCUACUCCAUGUGUUUUAGGUAUCGAGAAGGUCUCAGAUGAAGAAUCACCAAGCUUAGAAGACCCAGGUGAGUAUAGGGUUAUUGUUGGGAGCUUAAUAUAUGUUAUGACAGGCACCAGGCCUGAUUUGUGCUAUAUAGUGACGAAGCUCUCACAGAAAAUAUCUAAGCCCACAAGAGCCAAUCUCGACUUGGCUAAACACGUUUUAAGGUAUUUGAGGGGUACAUCUGAGCAAGGUUUGACAUUUAGGAAGUCAAACGUUCCGCUAAGGUUGAACGGAUUUUGUGACUCCGACUGGGGCGCAUCAGUUGCCGACAGGCGGAGUAUAACUGGCUAUAAUUUUCAGUUGUCUUCAACAGGUCCUUUAAUAUCCUGGAAGAGCCGUAAACAACCAACAGUUGCGCUCUCUACAUGCGAGGCAGAAUAUAUUGCGCUUGCAAAUGCCGUACAGGAGGCAAAAUUUUUGAGACAAUUAUGUAUCGACAUGAAGGUAAGUAUAAGUGAUGAUAAUGUACUUAUUCAAGUAGAUAAUCAGGGAGCUAUAAACUUAGCUAGAAAUCCCGUACAUCAUCAAAGGUCGAAACAUAUUGAUAUUAAGUAUCAUUUUAUAAGAUCCGAGAUACAGGUAGGUACCAUAAGUUUGAAAUAUGUUCCUACUGAGGACAAUAUAGCUGACGUCUUCACAAAGCCAGCUAGCAAAGGUAAGUUAGAAAAAUUUAAGCAUUUCAUGUUAGGUUUAUAAAUGCGCUGCGUAAUACAAAUAUAUCAGAAAUUAAAAAAAAAAAAAAUAAAAAUUAUUGUGAUGUAAUUUAUAUAGAUGCUCAGAACAUAAGAGCAAGUGGGGGUGUUAGAAUAUGCUCCUGAUAUUCUGUUGACAAUGAUAAUAAGAUUAUUAGUUAAUGAAUGACAUUGAUUACUAUAGAUAUGUAUGUAAAAUGUAAUCUCUGGAUACCACAAAUUCCAGUACAAAUAGUUGCUCCAUGUACCAAACUGUAUACCAUUUAUGGUAAUAGAAUGUGAUAUGUCAAAAUACUUAUUAUAGAUAUAAUCUUGUAUAUAUAUGUGUGAUUUUUAUUAUUAAAUACAUUCUUUUGUAAAACUCCAAAGUUGUAUGUUGUGCUUCGUAUUCGAGAAAGAGCGAUGGCAACGGUACAAAACCCAACACAAUUCCAGCAGUGCGCUUCCCCCCCGGGCCACCCCCGGGCCUUCGCAGCUUUCCUAAUCCCGGGGGUGGGGAUAUUGCCGAAAUUUUUGAGCCCGGGGGUUGGGACUUAGACGUUUUCCAUCAUGGCGAUUAGCUGACUAUAACAUGGCAGAUUUCGCUGGAAAAGACACCGAAUUCGUUUGCAAUUGCAAAUGGCUUGAUAGUACUCAUUCUUUGGGAUGGUCUUUCAGUACCAUUGUCUUUGAUCAUUGAUGAGUGAAUCCUUUGUCUACAUGAAAUAGUUUUUCUCCUUCAACGGACAAUGAUCGCUAUAAAGUGCACACACCGGACGCGAUUCGACAACACGACGCGAUUUUUUUGUUUUUGAAAGUUAAUAAAACAAAUUUAAUAAUAAAGCAAAUGUUAAAAGAUAUGUAGACCAAAUAACUCAAAAAUGUCACGUUUCUAAAUAUUUAGAAAGUUUAAAUUAGGAUCAAAGUUAUCGGCCAGUGAAAAUCGAAAAAUUGCGUCCGGUGUGUCUGGACCUUUAAAUUAUUAAGUAAAGACAAUAUUUUCAAAAGUUGACAUUAAUAUUAUCAUACAAAGGUCUAGCUAGAUGCGCUGAAGAUAGAAUUUAUACAGUGUUGCAUUAAUAUAAAAGUGUCUUUAUCCUUGUCGUAGAACUUCUUUUUUGUACUUCGCAUUUAUGUUGUCCAUACACGUUGAUUUGCACGUUAUAAUUCUAUGCCUACUAUUACUAAACAGUCACAAUAUUAUUGCCCGGGUGUGGGGAUAUAGACCCAAUUUGUUUGCCCAGGAGUGGGGCUUUAGCACAGUUCUUCUUUCCCUGGGGUGGGGACAUAGCCAUUUUCUUUCCAGAAAUGGCUAAUUCCCCGGGGGACUGGGGCCCGGGGGGGGGGAAUGGGCACCGCUGGAAUUGACUGAUACAUAAUAGCUCUGCCCUGGUAUCAAAUAUCGCCUUUGGCUAACUUUCUCGGGGUUUCAUAUUGGUUUGUUGUCUUUCGCGGGGGAGAAUAGCAUGCACGACUUUUAAAUCUUUGAAACAAAGGUCAAAAGUCGUAAAAAUAUAAAACUGAAACAACGAGAAUUUACUGCAAAAACUUGAAAAGCAAAAAUAUUUUUGAUAAAACCAGAGGGGUGUGAAAAUUGGUAAUUGGUAAUUGAAAAUUGGUCAGUGGUAAUCUCGUGAGCCGGAGGAACCAGUUGUCAUGGAAAUGGCGUCAUAUGGGGCGAAAAUCCUCCAUGUUUUUGGCGGCACUUUUUCAUGCCGAACAUGUCCUCCAGUAAUAUAGUAUAGCUCAGUGGCACUGGUCAAAACUGAACAUCUCUAUCGUAUAUUCGUAUCCCACAAGAUCCAUCAAUAUACCCACAUAUUCUAUGCACGGCCAUGUUCAAAUUUCAAAAAACAGAGCUGUAUCUCGAGCUGUAUUCACCUAUUUUACCUGUGAUUUUCACACUCAAGAUAUCAUCCCUGGUGCGAUAGACGUUGAUCGUGUUGGUUUCCCAUACAGAAUGGAAUGUAAGACUUGUAGAAAGACAUUUUCAUGUAAAAGUGCUUUAGUAAGGCAUAAAAACAAGCAGGACACGAUCCACUGGAUCCAGCUAUAAAAGUAUAUAAAUGCGACGUAUGUCAGAAGGUAUUUCAACAUUCAUACAAGUUAGUUAGGCAUAAAACAAUACACACUGGAGCUAAACCAUACCAAUGUGAUGUUUGUAAUAAGAGAUUUAGAGAUCCAAGCUACUUAGUAAUUCAUAAAAGAACUCACACUGGGGAUAAACCUUACGAAUGCGAUGUAUGUAGCAAGAGGUUUGUCCAAAAUAGCAACUUAAAAAUCCACAAAAGAACACAUAGUGGCGAGAAACCAUAUGAAUGUGACAUUUGUAAUAAGAAAUUUUCACGUUCGGACUGUCUUGGCGUUCAUAAACGAAUACACACUGGGGAGAAACCUUAUGAAUGUGAUGUGUGCCAGAAGAGAUUUUCAACUUCAACCGGCUUAGCAAACCAUAAACUGACACAUGUUGGGCAAAACCAGGUGAAAGUGGUGUAUGUUAAAAAGAUUGUUGUAUUCUACAGAAAAAUAGAUACCACAAACGAGCCUUUUGAAUGUGAUGUUUGUAAGAUGAGAUUCACAAAAUCAAGUGACUUGGAAAUACAUAAAAGAACCCAUAUUGAAGACACAAAUUUUGAUAGUGAUGUUUCCAGCACAAGAAUUUUACAUUCCAACAGCUCUGCAGGACCUGCAGGUACAAAAGAUAAUGCUCAAAGCUUUAUGAAUGUGAUAUCUGCAAGAAACGAUACAUGCAGCCAUUGUGUAAUACUUGCAAAAGAGAAAUUAGUCGGGAUUUAG